UGUUCGGCGGUUGCUGUGUAUUAAUCUGGAAGCGAGCGGUCAGUCAACAUAUAGACCCGGAUAGGUGGGCGUCUAGCGCCUGUUCCAAGACAUCAAGACAGUGAGAACAUCCCCUCGAAUACAUCGCACAGAUGCCACCUAAAAGAGGGAAGCCCAGGGGAGGCCAGGAAGGUGGUCGCGGUCGCGGUAGAGGUGGGGCAGGCGCAGGUCCGUCCCAGCAGCAGCUUCCUCGGCAGCCAGGUCCGACACAGACUCCGCAGCAACAUGGACCACCCUCCCAGGUGCAGCCUGCACAAGUGCCCCAGCAGAUGCAGCCGGCCCCACAGGUGUGGGCUCCGAGACAGCCGGCACCGCAGAGGCAGCCGCCGGCACCGCAGAGGCAGCCGCCGGCACCGCAGAGACAGCCGCCGGCACCACAGCAGGCUCCUUCAGUUCCGACCGCAGUCCGAACACCCCAACCAGCAGCUGCUGAGCCCCCAACACAGGCACUUGCGGCUCUCAGACUUUCUGAGCAUGACACACAAAUUGCAGCAAUUGUGGGAGGAAUGAAGAAAGGGUUUCCCCAAAGGAAGGGUUUUGGCACCCAGGGGCGGCCCAUAGAUCUCUUCGCGAACCACUUCGAGAUGAGCGUGCCGAGCGGAGAAGUCUACCACUACGAUGUGGAGAUUAUGUCUCAGAACAAGACUACGGCAGCAGUGCCAGAUCAGAAGAAGUACCGAUGUCUGAGCACCAAGAUCAACCGCAUGGUCAUCGAAGCCCUGGCAAGGAAGUACAAGCGCGACCUACAGAACUGCAUCCCAGCAUUUGACGGGCGCAAAAAUCUGUACACACGCCGUCCCCUUCCCUUUAAGGAAAGGACCUUCACGGUUGGAUUGCCGGAGGAGGACAGGAAGGAAGAGUCCAUCUUCUUUGUCAAGAUACAGUAUGCUGCGGAUGUCAACUUGGAUGCCCUUCAUGCAGUGUAUGCAGGGAGGGCAUCUGUGGUGCCCCAGGAAGUCCUGCAGGCAUUGGAUAUCAUAGUCCGUAACGGGUCCUGCAUCCAGAUGACUCCUGUUGGCAGGUCAAUCUUCAAACCAAACCGUGGCGGCGACUACUCACUCGGCGGAGGGAAAGAGGUUUGGUUUGGUUACUACACAAGCGUGCGACCUGCUCAAUGGAAGCCCAUGCUCAACAUUGAUCGAUCUGCUACGGCCUUUUAUGAACACAUCUCUGUGCUGGAAUUCAUGUGCAAGUUGUUUGGGGAUCAACGUCGUCAAUUACGACCUGAAGACUUCAGAGAACUGAAUGCGCACCAGGUGCAACGCCUGAACAAAGAGCUCAAAGGACUGAAGGUGUACGUCAACCACCUGCCGUAUAAGCGAAAGUAUCGGGUUGUCAAGGUGACGUUGGAGCCAGCGAGGCGUAUAACUUUCCCACUGGAUAAUGGUACCCGUUGCAGUGUUGCAGACUACUUCCGCACCAAGUACCCACAGUUUGCUAGGUUUCCCAACCUACCCUGCAUUCAAUCUGGGACGCCUGCAAAGCCUGUCCAUCUGCCAUUGGAGGUGUGCACCAUUGUCGAAGGGCAACACUGCAAAAAGAAACUGAGUGACGUCCAGACAUCCAACAUGAUAAAGCAAACCGCAAUGCCACCAGCCAAGAGGUUUGAGUCCAUCAAGGGGUCCAUCCGAGAAGUGAUCAGCACAAAUAAGGAGUACCUCGACGAGUUUGGCAUCAAAAUUAGCACGGACCCAACGCGGCUGAAAGGGAGGGUACUGAAGCCUCCAACGUUGGUAUUCAAAGAUGACAGUAUGCUCUCCCCGAGGGAGGGGCAGUGGGACCUCCGUGGUUCACUGUUCCUCAAAGGUGCGUCUGUACAGCACUGGGUGCUGCUGAACAUAAGCCGCUACGUGCAAAAAAAUGACGUGGACAGGUUCAUAGGUAUGCUCUUGAAAGGAGCAAAAUCGUUGGGAAUGCAUAUGGAUCCUCCUGCCGACGUACGUGCGGAGGACCCUGACCGAAGGCCCAUGCGAGACAUCCUGGGGCAGAUUAAGAGGGGGCUCCCAAAUGUGGAGCUUGUGGUCAUCAUCCUAGCCAAGAACAGUAACUAUCCAGAGAUAAAGCAGGUCUCUGAAACUGAGCUGGGACUAAGAACGCAGUGUAUCCUUGAUAACAGUGUGCAGAGGAAGUGCAACGACGCCCUCAUCACAAAUCUCUGCCUGAAGAUAAACACUAAGACUGGUGGUGUGAAUAACGGACUGCUCAGCAAGGAGAAGCCCGAGAUGUUCAAAAGGCCAGUGAUCAUCAUGGGGGCUGACGUGACCCACCCAGCACCCGGAGACAAGGUGCGACCGUCUAUUGCUGCAUGUGUUGGGAGCCUGGAUUCCAUACCCUCUCGCUAUCAUGCAGUCGUGCGGGUUCAGAUGGAAGACUCCCAGGCAACAGCCCGUGUGGAGAUUAUCCAGGAUCUGACGAACAUUGUAGUAGAGCUUUUGAAAGCAUUCUACCGCGAGACUCACGGCAAGAAACCCGAACGAAUCAUCUUCUAUCGGGACGGCGUCAGUGAGGGUCAGUUUGAGGAAGUGCGCAACAAGGAAGUGGCUGCCAUUCGCCUUGCCUGCAAGCUGCUGUCCCCGAAUGAGACCUACGAGCCCCCCAUUACCUUCAUAGUGGUACAGAAGCGACAUCAUACUCGCUUCAUGCCAGUCAACGAGAGGGAUGGAGUGGGCAGGCCGCGCAACAUCCCGCCAGGCACAACGGUGGACACCGUUAUCACACAUCCUGUGGACUUCGACUUCUUCCUCUGUUCACACACUGGCAUUCAGGGGACGAGCAAACCCUCCCAUUACUAUGUCGUCUGGGACGACUCUGACUACUCUGCGGAUGAAUUGCAGAAGCUGAGUUAUUACCUGUGCCACACGUACGCUCGGUGUGCUCGCUCUGUGAGCAUUCCUGCUCCAGUCUACUAUGCUCAUUUGGCAGCAUUCCGUGCCAAGAACCACAUCGUCAGCAAAGUGGACAUUUCCAGCAGUGCAAGUGAGUCAUCUGGCGGUAGCGGAGACAAGAUCGAAACCGAGCAGUACGUCAAAGCUGUUAAUGUGCUGCCAAAUUUUCAUAACCAGAUGUACUACGUGUAAGAAGUGUUUUAGGGACUACGUUGUCCUAUGUUUUUAAGUGCUACAAUAAAAGGCUUUUAACGCUUUUAAUUAAC